GGUAGCCCAAGCUCUUUCACGGACGAGGAAAGUUUCCCCUUUCAGAGAGAAACUCAGAAAGGAAAGCUUAGCUCUCAAGAUGUCUGCAAAUCCUCCGGAAGAAGCAGAAGACCAAAACCCCACCAUGGAAUCAUACCUUCGGCUUCUCCAUCUCAGUUCCAGUCCCCAGAGGGUCAGCGUUGAUGAAUCUGAUCGAAGAUGGGAGGACUUGAACCCGGACUGUUUGGUCAACGUUUUUGAAAGAGUGGGAACUGGGUCACUUCUAGUCUCUGUCCCUUUCGUCUGCAAGUCAUGGUACAGAUCGAGCCUCAACCCUGCUUGCUGGCAACCCCUCAUUGUACCAGACGAUGUCCCAGGUACGGAUUCUUUCGACAUUAAUGGGACUGAUGAUCUUUCAAGUUAUGAUGUUCAAGAGGAAGAGUCUAGAUUUCAGUACUUUGUGAGAAAAAGAUUUGCAAUUGAGUUUCAGCUUGAUUUGCGGGGUUUCUCCACCGCUAGGUUUUUCAAGUUUUUGAUUGAUCGUAGCAUGGGAAAUGUGAUGUUUCUUAAGCUGCCUACUGGCUCUUAUGCUUUAGAAGUAGUGCUUGAACAUGUGAAGAAGAAAUGCAAGAGUUUCUGUGGGUUGAAUGUGUGUGAUGCUGAUAUUGGGAAGAAGGCGGCAUUGACCAUUGUUAAGUUUGUGCCGAAAAUUAAGUGCUUAUGGUUGAGGAGGGCGAGAAUUGGUAGGCAGGGUCUUGUAACUUUAUUGCAAGGCUGCAAGGGCCUGGAACUUUUGGAUGUUAGGGACUGUAGUGGUUUCGAUGAAGGGGAUGAAGAAAUAGCCAAGCUUGCUGCUAGUAUUCCUAAAUUUAUGAGUGAGGGUUCUAGAGUUGGACAAGGAGGAGGAGGGCAUAGGGUCUUGUAUGGAUACCGAUUUGGAGGGCGCCGAGUCUUGUAUGUUGGAGGAAGACAAAGAGUCUUGAAUGUCCAACGAGGAGGAUAACGAGUUGUGAUGACAUUAGAGGACAAGGAAUGAGUCUGGUGAGGGUAACAAGGGAUGAGGAGGGCAGAUUUCAUGGGUUGAUGAUAUUGUUAUGUGUACCAACUGCAUUUGUUUGUUUUUUGUUUUUUAAUAAUGUGUGUCUGUAUUUGAACACCUAAAUCCUGUCUUUGGAAGACAUCUAUGAGGUUUUACUCAAACUAUGUAUAGUUUGGGUUUAUGAUUGGCCAGUUAGACAAGCUCGUAGUGCAGCCUCUAUUGGGAGCGCUGAAAGAAUGCUAUGGCAAUAUUUCAAGAUCAUGGUUUCUUGGAGUUGCAUCUGCCGCCAGUUCUAAUCGAGCUCACAUUAUGGUUAUGCAUGAUGCCGACUUUUUUUUUUUUUUUUUCUGUUGAAUAAGUAGAGAAGUAGCUGACAAAGUUCUAGAGGAGAGCAAAAAGGAACAAAACGAUCAAAUAUAUACGUAUGUUAUACGGAAGAGUGUUGGAGUUUAGUACUAGUGAUUAUUGCUUAUGUUUUACCCUUUGCUCUGUCGUUGGUUUGCUGGAUGUUGUAAGGGUUCAUGCCUUCAUGGUGUAAAAAUCGUAUUUGAUAACUAUCGUAUCUGUCAAUCCAUAUCUUAUCAAAUGUAGGUUUAGUCUAUA